AUGUCCGGCGCGUCCUCCUACGCUGUCAAGACACCAUCGUCGAGUACGGCGAGCCCCUUGCUCACUGUACACGGCGAGGUCAACACACGCAACGAUGACGUGGUCGACGCGCUCAGAAGCACGUCGACCAGUUCAUCAACAUCGCUGUCCGCAUCCGCUUCGACAACAUCUGGCACACGGACCCGCAAGGACUUUACGUCCCUUGCAGGCCGUGUCAAUGAAAAAGACCCAAGCUUACGCAAGGCCGACCUCGACGUGUCUGCGUCGAGUUGCUACACAUCGGAUACCGGCCGCACGUACGAGGAAUCGACCUCGCGUGUGUUCAAGUCCAUCUCCACCGACGAGACGACCGGCAUCGGCGACGCCACUAUCGACGUGCUCAUAAGCUCGUCGACAGGCUCGUCGACCUCAAUUGCCGCUUCAACAUCGACAACGUGCACGCUCGGCACCGUCAACCAGGACGAGCAGGAAGACGUGAACAAGGACUCAGCGUCCAUCGCAGGCCGUGCUGAUGAUGAAGAUCGGUGCAAGCACGAAGCCCCGUCUAUAGUUCUGCAAUCAGAACUGUCGCCUGACGCACGGACCACCAAGGUCUCGGCGUCCAGUACAAGCCGCCUCGAUGGCGAAGAGCUGCUCAAACGCAAGCUUGACCUCAAUGCACCUACGUCGAGUCGGUAUGUGUCGGAUACGAUCUCGUGCGUGCGCACUCCGUCAACCUCCACGUCGACUGGGCGAGUCGUCGAGCAGCCGACGAGGCACAGUACACCCAAACUGCUGGAUGUAUUGACCUCGUCGUACUCGAUAACCAAGCCUACGUCGACAACCUUCAGGUUGGACACAUCGCGUCCACCUCAACAUCGCGGCGAUACUCAUCCCGCAAUCAAUGCCGACCGCCGUACGCACAGGGAUGUGACCGUGCGCGUGCGCAACGUACAUUCGAGUACCGCGGGCGCAUUCCAACCAUCAAACGUACUCCGAACAUUGGGUACGUCGAGCAGUAGCUGGCUCGACUGUACCUCCCCUGGUGUACUCUGCGAAGUACCCGGACUACUACCACCUACCGUCGCACCAUUACAUGGAGCUAUGGUGACCUCGUCGGUCACUAUAAUUCAUGCUGGUGUUAAAAUCAAGACGGAGGAGGGGGAAGGGACCGGUACGGGUACCGUUUUCGAGACGCAAGACUCGGAAACUCGAGACUCGCCAUUGCCUGUCUCGUCGCCACCGCCGCGACUAGUACCGCCGCCGCCUGUCCUCUUGCCGCCGCCGCUACCUCCCUCGUCGCCGCUAUGCAGUACGACGAGCUCGAUGCUCGUCGUCAUCGCCGACCGCAGCAACAACAACAUGUCGGACGUACCCGAGAGCGCGUCCAACAUGUCUGUUGCAACUACUAUGGUCAGCGACACGGUAGAGGUGCGGGUUCGCAUGGUCAACGGGUAUGUCAUCACAUCGGCGCGCGAUCGGGCACGACUGACGUGUCCAUCUCGCCCACCAUGGCUCGCUCGUCGCGUACAUCGAGCAUCUCGCUCAGUGUAUACGUCGAGCCCAU